AUGUGGAUCCGACUCGAUACGAUUUCUCCUGUAUACAUCCACUCAAGAAUCCCGCCGACCCUGGAGGAUCACGCUACUGAGGCUCUCCGUACACUUAGGGAGUGGAAUGCACCUGCUGCCUCAGAUGAGCUGCUGGAAAUCGAUGACUUAGAAGAGUUUCAGUCAACAGAUCUUGAAUACCUGCUACGUUACGCGGUGGAGCAAGCUGACCGCGAACGCGAGAGGCAAGCGAGACCCCGAAGGAGACGACGCAUCAACGCUGGAGUGCCUUCACUGUACGGACUUAUACCAGCUCCUCACUAUCGCGGACAACUCCCUCACCAGCCUCAACAGAUCCAGCUCCUGCCACUCAAGCCCUACUCGAGGCAGCCUCCCAUUCCACUUGCAUCCGACGUGGAUCUCUCGGAAUUCUUCCAUGAGAGCAACAUCUAUGCUCGGUGCGCCUGGAUCAUACCCGUAAGAGGGCACCCACCUUGGGAAGGCUCCACCCCCGCUCGAAUCGUCGACUCGGACGAUCCACGUCAGCUCGGAGUACGCUCGGUGGAAACCACUGAUUCAGAGACCAAGGAACCGUACAUCUGCUGGAACCCGGACGCUGUUCGUGCUGUCUGGGAUUUCCUCUUGACCUUCCACCAGAACGGGAGGUUCGGUCCUAUCGGUCUUGCUUUCGAGCCUGUCUUGGAUUCUGAGACCGACGAGGUAUCCGGUGACGAACUGGACGACGUCGACUAUAUCAAGGUCUACCACGAGGCGUACUUGUCGAUGUAUCUCAGGAAUGUGCUUGAUCUAUGGUCUUACACGCCUGGCUCCAAUGCAGGUCCAGGCGCCUCGCACCGACCUUCGAACAAGAUCAGGAUGAUGAAGGGUGCUAGACUAGUACUGGUGAAGGAUGGUGACGGUAUCUGUAUCGCCUGA